AUGAUCAGUGCAAAGAACCUCAUCAAGAUGGCAAGGAAGUGGCAAAGAAUGGCUUCUCCAAGCAGGAGAAGAAUCUGUUUGUCCAAAAGCAAUAAGGAAGUAGAUUUCGAAACGUCAUGUAAUACUACUUCUGUGGUGAACAAAGGUCAUUUUGUUGUUUACACCGCAGAUGAGAGGCGCUUUGUGAUGCCUUUGGUGUACUUGAAGCACAACAUUUUGCUAGAGCUCUUCAAGAUGUCUGAAGAAGAGUUUGGAGUAUCGACCAACGGCCCUAUAAGAUUUCCUUGUGACGCUGUCUUCAUGGAGUAUGUGGUCACACUCAUCAGCCGAGGUGUGGCAAAAGAUUUGGAGAAGGCGUUGAUUAAUUCCAUCGAAAGAACGGGCAGAUGUUCAUUAUCGGCCUUUUCUUUUCACUGGGGACUAGUAGGCCAACAAAUCCCACUUUCUGGGUACUAG